UCAAAAACUUUAUCUUUGGAUAGUGAAGUGUUGGAUUUAGAGUCUUGUUUUCAUGUUUCUAGCAGUCGUUGUCAGAGCUGGAGACUAGAGUAGAGCUAGUGAGCUCUUCAUGUGAGCAUCGUGACAGUCAUGGAGGACUCUACCGAACUGGAAUCUCUGACUCGGCCAGACCUGGAGAGACGGCGCGGCGAUACUAGAAUUGAAAUUGUCGAACCGACGAGUCCGGACGUCAGAGGGAGCGAUGCUGCCCUGGCGGCGAGCAACUUCUCCUGGUCGGGUAAUUUCCUGCGCGGCCUACGCACCGACUCUGUAGUGCCCAGCUCGGGGCGCCUAUCUUCAAUGAAGCCGAAAGUGAGAUCGUUCUACGUCCACCAAGGUCGCGUGCUUGACUCGUUUGAGGAAGUAGAACGCCUGGGACCAGCCUCGGGCUCAGAAGACGACAGUGAUCGUGACCUGCUGCUUCAACCACCUGGUGAGGGACCUGGACAGUCAGUGCAGCACGGAGGACGUCAGUACGCUGAGCUGGACGACAAUCAACGGGCGGGUAACCUCGAACCCGGGUCCGGCGGGGAAUCCCCUACGGCGCACAGGCGUCAGGGCGCGCGGCAGCUGGCGCUGAGCGCCGUGCAGCAGGCGACCUACGCCAGCCUGCUGGUCAACGUCCUGCUGUUCGGCCUGAAGAUCGCGGCGCUCGUCCUGUCGGACAGUCUCUCGGUCCUGUCCAGCCUAGUCGACUCGGCUCUGGACCUGUUCACCGGCAUAGUGCUGUUCGUGACGCAGCGCAUGAUGCGGCCCAAGACCAACGACGUCUACAAGUAUCCGGCGGGCAAGCGCCGCAUCGAGCCCGUUGCCAUAGUGAUCUGCGCCUGCGUCAUGGGAACGGCCUCGCUGCAGCUGAUCAUCGCCUCGGCGCAGAGCAUCGUCAAGGGCGACGCCAAGCCGAACGUCAAAGGCCUGGCCGGCGCCAUUUUAGGUAUCUCGGUGCUGGCCAAGCUGGCGCUGUACCUGUUCUGCCGGCGCAUCAACAACCCCAGCGUACAGGCGCUGGCCAUCGACCACCGCAACGACACGAUGAGCAACGCCAUCGCUAUCGUCUUCGGCCUGCUGGGGACGUACGUGCGCACGUGGAUCGACCCGCUCGGUGGGAUCUUCAUCGCCAUCUAUAUCAUCGUCAACUGGAUCAAGGCGGGCAAGGAGCAGGCGGAGCAGCUAGUGGGGAAGGGCGCGGACGCGUCCGUUCUUCAGCAGCUGACCUUUGCCGCGCUGCAACACAGCACGCGGAUUCUCCAGGUCGACACUGUACGAGCGUACCACUUCGGAACCAACUUCAUCGUGGAGGUUCACCUCGUCCUCCCAGAGACCAUGCAGCUGAAAGAAGCUCACGACAUUGGCGAGUCGCUGCAGAUCAAACUGGAGAAGCUGUCGCAUGUCGAGCGGGCCUUUGUGCAUCUCGACUUCGAGUCACAACACCGUCCCUCCGACGAGCACAUGCCACCGGAUCGGUAGUUACCAUGCAAACACGGAGCGGUGGUGACGUCCCCUGUCAAUAGACACGAAGCAGUGGUCGUCUGGCGUAAGUGAUCCUGGACGGUGCUGCUCGCGUCGCAGCUCCCUUGGCGACUGAGUAGCGUGAAGCCUCCUGCGAGGACGAGAUAAUUUUACUAAAAUAAUUGCGAGCACUGGUUCACACUGGCUUGCACUGGCUUGCACUGGUUCACACUGGCUUGCACCGGCUUGCACUGGUUCACACUGGCUUGCACCAGCUUGCACUGGUUCACACCGGCUUGCACUGGUUCAAACUGGCUUGCACUGGUUCGUCAUCGCAUGCAAGGCAACAUGCUCAGGGCAUUUUCGAUCCGGAUUCGCCGAAUUCGUACAUUUUCGAUUGUACGAAUCCGGAUCCCAGGCCCACAGAAUCGGAUCCAGUCAACCCACCUCACAGAGCCGGAUUCGACGGAUUCAUUUGCAUCGCAUCUACCCCAAACUCGAAAUAUGCGUACACUAGAUCAGGAGUUCACCAUAACGCGUACAGAUACAACGGAAUAGAACGGGAUGAGCUGUAGCAACGCGGUUGCUAAAGUUUUGAAACGGAUUAUCAGUUGUGCACAUUCGAUUGUAUCCGUCUGAUCGAAGUGAUCUGGUCGGCGGCGAUCGGGAUCCAGUUUCCACAAUCGAAUGCUGCCUUUAAUGCUACUGCCUUACCGCUUCAGAAGAAUAGCAUUUUUUAAGUGAUAUGUUUCUUUUCUAGACUGUUCAUGUAUGCAUAGCAAAGUAACCUUGAUAUAACCUGCAAAUGUUCAAUUGGGAAUACGAUGGUUUACCUUUGCGGAUCAAUUUGAACACUUGAUAGUUUCGUGAAUGUAAAAUCCGUCUAGCAUGGAGUGUAUCUUUUUUAGAUUUUAAAAGAGAUCUAUUUUAUGUCUGGACUAAAUAUUAUUAUUUUAUUAUUGUCGAUUGUCAAUGUCUGGCCUGUUGUUUUGUCGGUGACCUGACUGGUCCCCCUCUUGCAGUGAUUUCAACCUGUAUAAACCU